AUGGCGCGGCCGGACACUGAGGAGGGGCUGGCCGAGGCGCCCAAGCACCCGCUGGUGAACGGCUACCUUCCGGUGCCGGGGGGCGCCCCCGCCGGGGAGGGGAGCGCGGGGCCGCUGCACGGAGCCGAGGCGGGCGACGUGUCCCCGAACGGGGUCGUUGCGGACCUCCCCGGCGGGCCGCGGACGCUGCUGGCCCCGGAGGAGGAGACGCAGGCCCGGCUGCUGCCCGCCGCGGGCGCGGGCGCGGGGGAGGACGGCCCGGGGCCCGGGGGCGCGCGGCGGCCGCGCACGGCGCUGUCGGCGCGGCGCUUCGUGGUGCUGCUCGUCUUCAGCCUGUACUCGCUGGUGAACGCCUUCCAGUGGAUCCAGUACAGCAUCAUCAGCAACGUGUUCCAGGGCUUCUACGGCGUGUCCCUGCUGCACAUCGACUGGCUGUCCAUGGUGUACAUGCUGGCCUACGUGCCCCUCAUCUUCCCGGCCACCUGGCUGCUGGACACCCGGGGCCUGCGGCUCACCGCCCUGCUGGGCUCGGGCCUCAACUGCCUGGGCGCGUGGGUCAAGUGCGGCAGCGUGCAGCCGCAUCUCUUCUGGGUCACCUUGUUGGGCCAGUGCCUGUGCUCCGUGGCCCAGGUGUUCAUCCUGGGCUUGCCCUCCUGCAUCGCCUCGGUGUGGUUUGGACCCAAGGAGGUGUCCACGGCUUGUGCCACUGCAGUGCUGGGCAAUCAGCUUGGAGCUGCAGUUGGCUUUUUGUUACCACCUGUUUUGGUGCCCAACACACAGAAUACAAGUGACCUGGCUAAUAACAUCAGCAUCAUGUUUUAUGGAACAGCAGGUGUCUCCACACUUUUAUUUAUUUUAACAGUAGUUGCAUUCCAAGAAAAGCCUCCAUUCCCACCAAGUCAGGCUCAAGCAGCUCUUCAGGACAAUCCUCCGGAGAAGUACUCCUACCGAAAAUCCAUCAGAAACCUGUUCAGAAACAUCCCUUUUAUCCUCCUGUUGAUCACGUAUGGUAUCAUGACUGGAGCAUUUUACUCAGUUUCAACAUUGCUGAAUCAAAUGAUACUGGAAAGUUAUAAGGGGGAAGAAGUGAAUGCUGGAAGGAUCGGGCUAACACUGGUCGUAGCUGGAAUGGUGGGCUCCAUUCUCUGUGGCUUGUGGCUGGAUUAUACCAAGACAUACAAACAGACAACUUUGACGGUAUACAUUUUUUCCUUCAUUGGGAUGGUGAUAUUUACUUUCACGUUGGACUGCGGAUACAUUAUCGUGGUGUUUGUUACUGGAGGGAUCCUGGGUUUCUUCAUGACUGGUUAUCUGCCUUUGGGCUUUGAAUUUGCUGUUGAAAUCACUUACCCUGAAUCGGAGGGCACAUCAUCUGGUCUUCUUAAUGCUUCUGCACAGAUAUUUGGAAUUUUGUUCACAUUGGCUCAAGGAAAGCUCAUAUCAGUCUAUGGUGCUAUGGCAGGAAACACUUUCCUCUGUGCUUGGAUGCUUUUGGGCGUCAUUUUAACAGCACUGAUCAAGUCUGACCUGAGAAGACACAACAUAAAUACAGGACGGACAAAUGGUGACAUUAAAGCUGUGCCAGUUGAUAGUCCCAUGGAUCAAGAUCCAAAACCAAUUACAUUUUCUAAGCAAUCAGAAGCAUCGCUUUGAAGAGGAAAGAGUUGUGGCCCCUCAGCAGUUGGGAUAUGGCAUGGUGAUUUUCAGAGCACUGUAGGAACAGUAAGGUGGGUUUCUAAGGAUGGCAAUGGACACUUACUUUACUUGGCAUUAUUGGAUGAACACUACAUGAACUUGUUAUUUUUGUUUAGUUAUUAAUUUAAGCAAUAUUUUGCUUAAAAAUCUUCUGCUGGACUGGGAGAUGGCCCGGCGAGUAAGAGUGCAUCCACUCAAGCAUGAGGGCCUGAGUCUGACCCCCACACCCAGGUACAAAACUGGCCAUGGCCACGCACACCUGCUGCCCCGGUCCUGAGAGGGGCAGAGACAGAUCACUGAGCUCGCAGGUCAGCCGGCUGACUGAACAUGACAGCUCUGAGUUCAGUGAGGGGCUCGACUGCUCAAGGAAAAACCCACCCCGAGGCUAACUCCAGUGGGGGGCAGAAAAGGACUCCAGAUACCGUCCUUGGUUGGGUCUCUGAUGCGUACGCAUGGGGCAUGCUCAAGCGUGCACAUACACACACACCGAAACCAGGAAGUACGUGCUUCUGCUUCCAUCAUGUCCACACUGCCAUUGAUCUAGCUGGUGGCCUGUUCCCAGCUGGUACUGUGUCUGAAAGGUUUUUUGACAUAUACUUUCAGAAGUAAGUGUUUUUGUAGAAAACAGACACUUUACUAGCAAUCUUUCCAAAGUGAUAAUGUGGGGGUCUAGUCCCUACAAGGCACACAAGAGUACAUGCCACUGAUAUGUACACUUAACACAGUAGACCAAAUGUCCACUGUACUUGUAAACUGAUACCUGUCCAUUGGGCUGACCACCAACAGUGUCAGCAUAGUUGACCAGCGUGAUGCCUCUGACUGCUCUUCAGAGGACAGUGUUGUGAACAGGCUCCCGGAUGAGCUGUUGGGCUUUCCCCAUUUCUUACGCUCUUGUUACGGUGUGUAGUAACAGGUACUGUCACUAGUCACAAAAUGGUUCUGUGCGCAGGUGUCCCCAUGACUGUGGCUUGAGAUGACACUGUAAUUGAGCUGAGGAGUUGAGACACAGGCCCGUCCUCCUGGUCCUUUCCGUGCUGCCCCCAUAGGAAACAAACGCUAGCUCUGUUGUUUCUGUUGUACAACUUGAAUGGCUUUAGACCCUUGGUCCAUUUGGGCUCCUUACAUGUCACUGGCUAUUUCAUGUUUUUGGUUUUUUUUAAUUUUUAUUUAUUUAUUUGACAGAGAAAGAGGGAGAGAGAGAGAGAAAGAAUGGGUGCGCCAGGGCCUCCAGCCACUGCAAACGAACUCCAGACGCGUGCACCCUCCCUUGUGCAUCUGGCUAACAUAGGUCCUGGGGAAUUGAACCAAGGUUCUUUGGCUUUGCAAGCAAAUGCCUUAACCACUAAGCCAUCCCUCCAGCCCUUCACAGUUUGUUUUUAAUCACAUCCUGUAUUUUGCCUUGAAGAUUCAUGAGAUAAGGAAAUGUGUGAUAACACCACGUAACCCAGGUGUCACCAUUGAGUGGAGGCCCCUUGAAAUGCUGCCUGUCCCAGUUGAGUGGUAUCACUUUGCUGACAGCUAGCUCUCCUCUGAGGAGCGCACGCCCACCAGCACUGGGCAGGAUUCUUUCCCUCACUUCCCCGCAGAGUACGUGUAGUCGCCACUCUGCGGGAGUGGUUUGCUCUUGUCCAUGCUCAAGGGAAGGAGACUAGACCAAAUAUAUUUUCACAGUGCCUACUGUGUUUUGUUUACAGUGAGACUUUCAAUGUUGGUGUCCUGAUUCUAGACUACUGCAAUGACAUUUGAUCACCCACAUUACUUACAUAAUGUUCGUUCACACAAAAAAGCCAGUCAGGUCACAAAUGCUUGAAGCAAAUAACAACUUUAAUUUAAACAGUUAUGCCUUGAUUUAUCUUGAUUUUUUUAAUAUUGUCUUUCGGUAAAUGGUUAUAAAUUAUGUAGAAUCUGACACUGGAAAAUGUUACUAAAAGAGCAUGCAUAGCUAAGGAUUAGGAAGUUUGCUUCCUUGUCCUAGGCAUGUUUCUGUCACAGUAAUAACUGGAAAAGUCACUGAAUUUCUCAGACAACAUUUUCCCAGUCCGUGAAAUCAUUGUAUUCACUUUGAUCUCAAAGAUCUUUUAAAAAAUAUUGUCACUCAUCAUGGAGUAGAACAAAUCACUGUACCUUAGUCUAAAUCCAGCCAGAGAAUUCGAGCUACAGAAAAUCCUCUGGACAAGUGGAUGAACAACUGUGACUGGCCCCGUGUAGAGACAGGGCUUUGAAAUCUCUGCUCAGUGUUUACGGUCAGUCUGUAGAAGAAGCUCGGCAGAAUUUGUGCAAUUAGUACCUUCUUUUGAUGUUUAUAUUACAGGAUAAAAUGACCAGAAUAUGUCAGUGUGUCUCCUGGUACAUAAUUGUUUCUAUUUUUAGAUUGUCAGUGUUGUUUAAAAUAGCUGUAUAUUGUUGAGUUCCAAAGCUUUGAACAAAUUGCAGAUAAAAGUUGAAAUACUUAUAUCUGAGAAGCAUAUCCUUAUAUACUUUAUUUUUCCUUUUUCAUAAAGAGGAUGAAAUACAAUGUAAUAAUAACAAAAUGAAUUGUGAUUUUUCUGUAUUUUGAGUGAAUUGUGGAUAAUAAACCAAACAAGGAUAUCAUGUAGUUCUGUGUCAGGACUUUGUGAAGAGGGAUAGAAAUGAUCACCUGUGUGAAGCUUAAAUGUUCUAGGAAGGAUACUGAGUUCUUUUAUCCUUGGAGAAUGUUGGAGCUGCCUUCGCAAGUACGCUUGUUUUAGGAAUGUCCGUACGGGCGUCGGCUGGCUGGUUCCUGUGUCAUGUCGCCAUCUGUGUUCUGGUUGUGCUGUUUUUACAGUUUCUCUCAAUGUUUAUUACUCUUUAUUAUUUCAAACCUUGAAAUAAAUUUAUUUUUAAUGCUAA